AUGGGGCAAAUGAGAUACAUGGCGAGUUCGAUGGUGAUUAUAUCAGUGAUCAUACUUGUGUUAGUGGCCCCUACCCCUAACAGAGCUGCUCGGACGAUCCCGACCACGUCGGCUCAUCUCGAUAUCCAUAAUAAUGAUACUAAUGGUAAUAAUGAUAGCACCUCAAAGCAAGGUGCAACUGCUCCUUCAAAGGAGGUUGGCAAAGGUGACGAUGGUCAUGGCGGAGUUGGGAUCGAUGAUCGGAAGAAUUUGUUUCCCAUAAGUGGAGGGGCUGGAGCUGGAAUGGGUGGCUAUGGGGAGAUGGGCGGUGGGCUUAUCCCAGGGCUCGGUGUGGUUGGGCCUGGAAUGAGGAGCGAGUUUGGGAUGGGCGGCGGCCUCAGUUACGGAGGCGGGGCUGGGGCUGGGGCUGGAUCUGGAACUGGAAUUAGUAGCGGUGGCCUAUCAGGAGGCCUGGGUGCAGGUGGACCUGGUGUUGGGAUUGGCGGCGCGGGUGGACUCAGUGGCAGCUCCACUGGUGGGUUCGGCGUCGGCUCAGCCAAUGGAUUCGGUGGCGGAUCAACAGGUGGAAUCCGCGGCCUCCCAUUUCCUUUCCCAUGA